UGGUUUCAUUGGAGGGAAACCCCGUGGAUUUCAUUCAGACAGACGGGCUGAGAGAAGAAGCUGUAGCUUCGCACGACGAAAUCACUGCUAUCUACCAGAACUCAGUAAGCAGUCAUGGGAGAUUCAAGCCGAACGGAACUUGUGCAUAAGGCCAAACUGGCUGAGCAGGCUGAGCGUUAUGACGACAUGGCUGAGGCUAUGAAGUCUGUGACGGAGAAAGGCGAGGAACUUUCGAACGAGGAGCGAAACCUGCUGUCAGUGGCAUACAAGAAUGUUGUGGGUGCCCGACGCUCCUCAUGGAGGGUGGUUUCCAGCAUUGAGCAGAAGGCUGACGGAACCGACAAAAAGAAGACCAUGUCCAAAGACUACAAGGAUACGAUUGAGAAGGAGCUGAAUAAAAUCUGCGAAGAAGUGCUGGAACUCUUGGACCAACAUCUCAUUCCAAAGGCCUCUGGAGCAGAGAGCAAAGUAUUCUAUUUGAAAAUGAAAGGAGAUUACUACCGCUACUUGGCUGAGGUCGCUAAAGUAGAAGGCAAACAUGAUGAAAUCAUUGCAAACUCAAGAUCGUCCUACGAAGCCGCCUAUGUCACCAGCAAAGAGGAAAUGCCCCCAACCCACCCAAUCCGUCUUGGUCUUGCGCUCAAUUUCUCUGUUUUCUACUAUGAGAUCCUCGGCUCACCUGAAGAAGCCUGCAAGCUGGCUAAAGAGGCUUUUGAUCAGGCCAUUGCAGAGCUGGAUACACUGGGCGAAGAUUCCUACAAGGACAGUACACUAAUCAUGCAGCUACUGAGGGACAACUUGACACUGUGGACUUCUGAUAACCAGGCCGAAGAGGAACAAGAAGCAGCAGAAUGAGCCUGACCCCCAUACUCAUCCCUGUCUGCCUGCCAUCAUUCCGGUUCAUCUUCAUCAUGAUUAUCAACACUGAGACGACCACAUUAUUCACAUUGUUUCCAAUUCUUCAUCUUUUUUAUAUUGAGUCCCCUCAACACUUGUCUCAUUCCUAUCAGUUUACUAUUCCUUCUUUAGUAACUGCAUGGGAAGGGGGAUGGGGAGGGAGGGCAGGUUUUAAAUCCGUGAUGUGAGGGUCCCGGUGAAAGCAUAAAGGGUGUUUAGGGUUGGUUGCCUGUCAGCUGACCUUUUUUGUGUGGGAGAAAUGGGGGUGUUGCAUUAUUGAGGUGCUGGGUGAAAGGGGAAGUUCUUAACUCAUGAAACAUGCAGCUGUGUGUAUCAUAUUCAUUUUGAAGCUCCUGUUCUUCAUUAACACCAUCUUUUGAUGAUACAUCUGGGGUUUCACAAAAUCAGGGGUCAGCUCCUUACACCUUAGGAGACAGCAGCUGUGACCGGUGGAGGUGUAAAGGAGACAGAUGGCAAGGUUUUGUUGGAACACAAAGGUAACAUUCCAUAAACUGUCAGUUUCUCAACUUUCUACUCUUUAUUAUUUGUAUUUGUUUUCGGGUGACAUGCUUUUGUAUUUCUGUGUCAAUUACGAGGUAUAGAAAAAAUUGAAAAACAAGAGCACACAAACUUGAUUUUGUUUUUAUGAGCACAGCAGUAAGAAAAAGUCCUUAUCUAGUUACUGCUUUUACAAAUUUAGAUUUUUAUUUGAUUUGUCUUUUAUUCUCGGUUUCCUUUCGAUACUUGCCUUAACUGCAUGUUGGUAAGAAGUAGUUUGUGGACUUGUAAGGAUGGUUGUUGUUGGGCAGGCAAGCUUUGUUCAUGUCUUUGGAAUUUUCAUACAGAACACCCAAGCAUAACUGUUAUUUGGGGGGAAAUGUGUAAUUUCAUGCAAGUGGAAUAAAAAAAAUUAUUUAAAAGUUC